AUGGAGGUACUAGAGGUGGUGCUUGUGCUAGAGGUACUAGAGCUGCUAGUCCUGGAGGUGCUGCUCGUCCUGGAGGUACCGGAGCUAUCAGUCCUAGAGGUGCUACUGGUGCUGGAGGUGCUGGAGCUGGCACUCAAGGUGCUGGUGCUGCUGGUGUUGGAGGUGAUGGAGGUCCUGCCGGUGCUGGAGGCGCUGGAGCUAGAGGUUCUGGAGGUACUGGAGCUGCUAGUCCUUGAGGUGCUCGUAUUGGAGGUGCUGGAGCUGCCGGAGCUGGUGGUGCUACUGGUGCUGGAGGUACUGGAGGUGCUGCUGGAGGUGGUGCUGCUGGUGCUGGAGGUGCUGCUGGAGGUGCUGGCGCUGAAGGUGCUGGAGGUACUGCUGGUGCUAGAGGUGAUGGCGCUGCCGGAGCUCGUGGUGCUGCUGGUGCUGGAGGUGCUACUGGAGCUGCUUGUGCUGGAGGUGGUAGUGCUGCUGGUGCUGGAGGAGCUCGAGCUGCUGCUACUGCCUAGCUCCCCACUGCCUGCUCCUGCUCCUCACACUGAGGUGACUGAGUCCUUGACUGAGCGUCGUAAGCCUGAGACUCGUGCUUCCACACCUGUUUGUGCUCAUCGUGUCGCCCGUCCUCGUCCUCCUACUGUCCUAGGCACUCACAGUAUGGCAAUUCGUCCUUCCUCUGUUCCACAGCACGUUGCCCUGCCUGAGCCUCCUGCGUCCUCUCUUCCGCAUGUUCCUGACCCUGAGUCCAACCUUGCUUGUGCUGCAAGUCCUACUGUCACCCGUCUCCUCGCUACUGUCGUCACUGACCCUGACUUUGAGUCUACUGCUGCGUUUUCCCUAGUCACUCAGCUAGUCGACUUUGCAGCUCGAAGUCGUCUCGACUACGUCGCGAGUCUUGUUACUGAGUCAGAGUUUGUCUGUCCUCCGUCCGUCGGGGGCGAUCUCGGGUGGCAGGCAGCCAUGGACGCAGAGAUGGCUUCUUGGAAGUCCACAGGCACCUACGUCGACGAGGUUCCUCCUUCUGGGGCGAACAUAGUCGAUGGCAUGUGGAUUUUCAUGGUGAAGCGGCCGCCGGGUUCUCCGCCUGCCUUCAAGGCGCGUUACGUUGCUCGAGGCUUCAGACAGCGACAGGGGGUCGACUUCUUCGAGACCUUCUCCCCCACCCCGAAGAUGACUACUCUUCGGGUGUUGCUGCAUGUUGCAGCACAGCGUGACUACGAGCUGCACUCCCUUGACUUCUCCACUGCUUUGUUGCAGGGCAGCCUUCACGAAGAGAUGUGGCUGCGCCAUCCACAUGGCUUCACUGGGUCGUUUCCUGCGGGUACACAGUGGAGCCUCCGGCAGCCAGUCAAUCAUUCCUGCACAGUUAUUAUGACAAUCACAUAA